AUGGUCGGAAACCGUUCAAUUGCAUCGUUUUUCUUAGCCUUAAUACUGUUAUGGAGCUUAGAUGAUGGAAUUAAGAGUGUUAUUGCUAAAAGGAAACCCAAAUACAAAAUUGACAAUCCAGAGUUAGAGCCUGAAUCUAACUUGGAUCGUUCAAAAAGAUUAAGAGAAGGUAUUUUUGAGCCAAGUGAAUUUGGAGCAAUUAGAAACGAUCAUCUGUAUAUAAUAGGACAAGAAUUGAGCUCGCUGAAGCAACUUCCGAUUCGAGGUCAUCAAUCUUUUGACUCUUCAAGAAAUCGUGCUCACUCAAUUUUGAGUAAUCAAAAUAACGGAAUUGAGUUGAUUAAACCCUACGAAGGGGUUUAUGUAGAUUAUAAUCUGACCAGCUUUUCUAAAUUUAUAUCCAGGAUUGUCGAGAUGGAAUUGGAGAUGCACUUAACUUUUAAGGAGGUAAAUGACAGAAAAUCGUCAAUUAGGAGAAGAGAGAGGGAUGGUAUGGGUUAUUUGAGUAUCAAAUCUGAUUCAAACACUUUCCAGGAGCACAAUCAUGAGAAACUUACUCCCAUCGAGUUUCAGAGCAUAAGCUUUCUGUUUGUAGCAGGUUACUUUAAAAACGGGAAUAAUCGAGCUAGAAAUGAUUAUUCACUAAGUGAUUUUGUCCCAGUAUUCAAGGAUAACAUUACUUUGUCCAGACAAAAUGUAAAUCAGUACUAUGCUAAAUAUGGGAUAACUACUUUCAAGGAUAGACUAACAGCUGUAAUAGAUAAAGGAAGUACCUUAGCCGCCCACAAUGACUUUUUUUCACAAGGCAAAAUCAAUGUAGAUCAGCAUAAGUUAUCUUUUCUAUAUUUGCCGCAUAAUGAGACUCAACUAUACUUUUCAAUGGACGGAAACCAACGAUUUUUACUUCCAAAAAUACACAUUAAAGCAAUUCAGACUCACCAGGAGGCAGAUGACGAGCCAGAGCUACCUUCUAAAGAUGGAGACUCCAAUUCAAAAAAAGUUGUGAUUAUCACAUUUUUAAUGUUUACAAUGUUCACCUCUUUUAUUAUAUUAUUUUACAUUCUAAUAACUUGGUACCUUAGAGGAAUUCAAAAGCAUUCCUAA